UCUUGUAAUGCCGCAAUAAUGUCUGAUCCUCCCAACACGUCCACCACAACACCACCUAAUAUUGUGAAUGUAACACCUUAUCCUGCCAUCGCGUACAAAAACCACCAUCUGCCGCCCAUAACCCACGGUGGCGCAACCACAUCCAACGUCGUGUUGUUGCCUGCUUCCAACCACCGAGAGUACCGGAAAGGCAACUGGACCCUCGAAGAGACCCUUGUCCUAAUCACCGCAAAGAAGCUGGAUGAUGAGCGUCGAAUUAACGCCACCACCUCCGCCACAGCAAACAGCCGUGCGGCCACCGGCGGGGAGCUGAGGUGGAAAUGGGUAGAGAAUUACUGUUGGAGUAAUGGCUGCUUCCGUAGUCAGAACCAGUGCAAUGACAAGUGGGAUAACUUGCUCCGCGACUACAAGAAGGUCCGUGAGUACGAACUCCGAUCACCGGCGCAAAAUCGUCCGUCGUAUUGGUCGAUGGAUAAAACCCAACGCAAAGAUCGAAAUCUUCCAUCGAACUUGCUACUUAAUAUCUAUGAAGCACUAAACGACGUUGUUCAGAAAAAAACCCCCCAGCGACAUUGUCUUCCUCAACAACAGCCUCCUCUCGCAGUCCCUCCACCUCCCCAGCCGCCUCCGUCGUCGCUACCUCCUCCUCAGCCAUCGUCAUCUCAACAUCACCCUCCGCCUCCGCCUCCGCCUCCUCCUCCUCCUGCUUCAGAAGCAUCAGUAGAAUCAUCGGAAACAGAAGGAGAAGAUGCAGACAAUGAUAAUAAAAGGAGAAGGGUGAGAGACAUCGGAAGUAGCAUUGUUCACAGUACCAGAGUAUUAUCAGAAACCCUAAAACGCUUUGAGGAGAAGAAGGAGAAAAGACACCGAGAAUUGAUGGAACUUGAAGAACAAAGACUUCACUUGGAAGAGACACGAAAUGAAGUUAAUCGUCAAGGGAUCACUGGUCUGAUCACAUCGAUUAAUAAGCUUUCGGAUGCUAUUUAUGCACUUAUUUCGGAAAAACGUGAUAGACCAUAACAUACCAUGCAUGGGAGAGAUUCUUUUAGGUGUAAUGGUUUAUAUAUUUAAGUUAAGAAAAUGGUU